CAUUGAUUUUUCUCAUCGUAAACUUGAGCUUACUAGUCUUGAAGCAAAGAGAAGGUUCCAAUAAUCAAGUAGUUCCUCAGCCGAACCCGGAGGAAGACAACAAACAAGAUGGUGUUUUCCUCUGUCGAAGAAAGCAACAAAGGUGCUAUUGCAUUCCGGCAUACGGUGGUGGAGAGCAUCUUGCAGGUGGUGGACGAGGUUGCAAUGAUGAAAUACGGCCGCUCGCUGCCGAUCGAUCAAAUGCGGACCCUCGUCAGUAUCCUUUGCACUUACAACUGUUACCUACAGCGUAGCAAGUAGUGUUAAUUCAAUUUCAGUUUGUUUCAACAUCAACAAUAACACAUUCUCGACUAAGUUGUUGAGGAUAAUUUGUCAAAUUCAAAUAAACCUCGAUUGCAGCAAUGCUAAGUAGAGCAAAUUCUUGCGUGCGCUUGCAGAUUUUUUAUUCAAGCCAAUCCUUUCCAUUAUUUCUUCAGAUCUCGAGGCUGGACGACUUGGAAGCCGACUGUCAGAUGAAGAUGUGCUCUUCGAGAAGUUUGCGAUUGGUCGGGGAGUGCAAGAAGUGGUAGAUGCGUUUAAUGCUGUUGACGGCCUGAUACUUCUUCGGGAGACGGGCGAAUCAUUCAAGGUGAAGCUUCAUGCCCACUCUGUUACUUUUGACGACAUGCUUUCUUUUGCAGCUCACUUGCACGGGGAGGCUUUCGCGGUCUGUAGCAUUUGCGAGGACAUCGAGAUGCCUGGAGGAACAGCAUUAUGAUCUGAUGUUAUUUGAUAGAAUCAGUAAAAAAUAAAAAUGAGUCGAUGAGUCAAAUACGUCGCUGUAAGGCCACAGGAGUACAGCACAUAACCAAUCAUGAUUUGCAGUCCGUGUCCUCUCAUCAGUCUGGUUCCCGUGCUGUAUCCUGCUAUUGUGAAACAAAACAUUUUCAUACCCUGCAGCCGGAGCAAGUGGCUCCUCAGGAGUAGCUGGGGCAGCAGCAGCAGCAGCAGCUUCGGAUAUUGGUGUGACAGGAAGCGCAAGCGCAGGUCCAGCAGCAGCGCACGUUGCUGCGGCUGCCGCGUCAGCAGAGGCAGCUUUCGCAAUUGCAGAAGCAACCGGAGCGGAAAUUUGUGGAGAUAUUAUCAUGGGGGAUGGGAGUCCCUGUGACGAAGAGUCUGGUAUGGCGCAUCCUUGUUUCGACGGGCAACAAGUAGUUCAUCAGCAACACCAGUCUUCCGGGUUCGCGCCUGCGUCCAGCGUUAGUAGUUCAGGAACAGACGUGAUGAGCAGAUCACGGAGGGGUGUAGUGGCUUGUGCAGGAGAUUCGAGUGUAGUAAACAGAAACAACCCGUUUGUAGCUGGGACAAAGGCUGCGAAACGUGAAUCAGGAGAAGGUUUGCUAGGCGACAUUGACAGUGAACGGCUCAUGGAGCUGAUUGAUGCAGAAGAUUUGACAACGAUGAUUGAGAAAGCUCCAACUUUCGGUGGUAAUGCUCGAAGUGCCACUCCUUCUAGACUGGCGCUGAUGAACAGGAUCAAGGCGGAACAACGAACGGAGAACGCUCACCUCUCAAGCACAACGAGAGCUUCGGACGGAACGCAGCUUCUCGAAGAGCAGCUGCAUCAGCAUCUUCUAACGGCGCAGAUGUCGGCCGCAUCCUCGACACCGUCUUCCUCGCCCCGAUUAGUGGAAGGUUCGGCGACAAAGAAGCAGAAGCGGGGAGUCUGCGCGCCACCACCACGAAAUCAUAAUCAUCGCAUCAAGCUAGAGCAACCGCGAUCCGGCGCAGCGAGCACGACCAACGAUUCCCGCGUGCCAGUAGAAGUUGUGAAUCUCUGUGAGCGAGGAGAUGACAUUCGCAAAAUCUUGUUAGAUUUGGAUUCAAGUAGUGGCAAUAAUAUGAUGAACCGAUCUAGUAGUUCCUCUCCUGGCAGCCGCGGGGGAGCAGCUGAUGGCGCCAUUGCCAUGGGCAGCUUCAUGAUCGGCGAGCCAGCCCGCAGCGGUGUUGCUGCUAAAAUAGGAGGAGGAGAUCAAUACCAACAGCAUGGUGCUCCUGGUCUGCCUAUGCCGGGGCCCGUGUCUAUUUCAAUGGGAGACGGGAAAGGCGGUGCUGUUGGCCCUCUUGGAAUGAAAUUUCCCAGUCCUGACAUGAUUCCACUUAUCGGCGGAGGCGUAGGAGGAGCGGCGGCAAAGACAUUUCCGAAUCCGUUUCUGAGUUGUUGUGUGGCACCAAAUGCUUCCAGUGGCGACCAAACCAGUGUAUCGGCAGGAUCCGGAGGAAAGAGAGGCGGGCCUCCAACCAAUGUGCUGAAGCCUCCAGGCGACGUGAACAUCAAGCCGCGUCCACCAAAACUGCUGCCCGGUCGCAGUAGUCCGACUGGGGUAAGCGCGUCACCGAGUAUUUCGCCAACGGCGUCCGAGGACAGCACAUCAAACCAAAUUUUCUACAACACCGUUGGAAUCAAGACGAGCAAAGGCGGGAAGCAUUCGACGUCCGGCGGAACGCCACCCAUGCCCAUCGGAAAAGGGAAUAAAGGCGGCGGGCCGUCAUUCGCUGCAUUACCAAAGCCAAAUUCUAUGCCGAGUCCAAACUUCAUGCCGAAUAUUCCCCAUCCAAAUUCUUGCGGACCACCGGGAGGUCCAUCCCUUAUUCAACCCAGUUCCCCACCUCGAUCCACGACCAUGCCGCCAGUUCCAGCUCCAAUGCGCACAAUGCCGCUGCCACCAGGCUUAGACCCGACGAUGCUUCCAAGCGACAGUCCUACCCCAGGCGCGAGUGGCGCCAAGACAAUGCCUCUCCCGCUUCCACCGCUGUUGUCGGGUGACGGAAGUACGGCGCAAAAACCUGGCCCGCUCUUCUUUCCGCCGGUGAACGGGGCUCUGCCAAACAGCAGGUAGCGAUCAGAUGUAGAUUAGUAUUCUUGUGGUCAUUCCGUGGGUCUGGCUCACUGACAGGAACCAAAGGGAACCAACUGCAUGAAAAUUCAAGUUUUUCAUGGUUGUGUAAAAUGUAAAUUGAUUGCAUUUACUUAGAAUUCACGACUACGUUACUUUUAUGAUCGAUGGAAAUGGAAUAUUAACCAGGGUUGCAACUUUCUGGAUUGGUUGCCUACUAUUUAUGUAUUUUAAUUUUUCAAAUCCUUACUACAGCACUAACAUCAGCGCCUUAACGCGCCCAGAGUCGGAACCAGUGCAAAUAAAAGCGGAACCCGCACCAGGCGACUCAGCAAAGUACUUCAUAAGGUUCGCUUGGAUCUCUAUGCCAUCCACGUCGUCAAGGACAAAUAUGUUGUGAACAAGAACAACUCACUUAGUUUCGUUGAUGUGAGUAGGCAAGCACUUUCUACUCUUCUCCUUCCUUCAGGUCGAGUCCUACUUAUGGACCUGCAACAGCGUUGUCGCGCACCGCGAGUCAGACACUGCCUAACAAGAAUCCGUAUACGCGUUUCAAUAAGCCAGACGAGCCAACACCUGAAGUUGGACCGAAGCCAUCAAUUGUGAAAAUCGAGCAUCUGCCAACGGUGCCUGAGCAACCGACGGCUUCGCCAGCUCUAGGGCGAUCUAGGUAAUUUCCUGCCUAUUUUACUUCCUCCUAGGGUUAGUGUCGUAUUUUUCUAGCAGUGAAAGUAAGGACUGCAACAAUGUAAUAAAAGCAAUUGCACGCUGUUGCUUGUGCAGAAGAUACCCUUAUCGUUAUCGACAUACAAACGCACACAUUUCAAAGCUCGUGCACAUCGUCUUUUGAGACACCGCAGAAGGAGUCUGAGGAGGCGCGAACGACGCCGAAAACAGGAGAGGGCGAGCGCGGUGUUGGUGCUCUGCAUCGGAUUUACCAAGCAGUCGCAGUGUUUCGUCUGAGGCAUUUUUCGAAUAGUGUCCUCGUAGGUAAGAACGUAGCAGCCAUGAACGCAUUGGUCACGGACCAGAAAUGCAGCUACGCGAUACCGAGUGGCGGCGAGGCAUGGAGCGCGCGUGGUGGCUGUCGACUGACGAACACUCCAGACGCGAGCGACCCCACGACAAAACCUUUACUGGAGGUAAACCGAACGAACUGGGUCGAAGCGUUUCUGGUCCUGCCUUGUAUUACAAGUUUGAAGGAUCGACAGGGUCUCAUGGGCCACGCGUCACCGACAAGUGAGUGGACUCUAGUGCGAAAAGCCUUCUUGACCGCUCUUUACCGCAAAUCCCAGCGUCCGGCACGCCAGUUGCUUGCGAACAAGGCCGGCGAAGGUAGCAGCUCGCGAAACGGCAAUAACGCGUCUCCUCAGAGUGGGGGACAAAAUAAUGAGAAGACUGAGUCCGAUGGUAAGAUUCUCAAAACAGGUGCAGGCGGCAUCUCUACAGCGCGUGUAGAGAACUCUGCGAUGAAUGCAGCCAGCGCGCCCGGCGGUAGCGCGGCUCCACUACAACAAGCGUCGAAGGGUCACAAUAAGGCCGCGGAGCAGGACGGAAAAGCGGGUAGCGUAGACCCGACGGGAGGCAACGUGAGUCGACCGGCUAGCGGAAGUAUCUCUUCUCUCGGCGAAAUAAGUAGGGCGUCAGACGAACCAGAGUCGCUCAAGGGGGGCCCCGCACACACAGCAGGUGGAAGCGCGUCCUCCAGCGCAAGCAUGACUGGAGGCAGUAGUAAAGACAGCUACAAGUAUGGCGCCAGCCUGAACACUAGUGGCAAGGGCCAACCGCAACCUUUGCAUCAAUUGCACGGUCGGGGCGCCCGCGGAAAGCAGUCCGUGUCGUCGAAUAAGGGAGGAAAGCUACAUAAUCAACCAAAAGCAUUAGCCUUCCAGAUGGGAGGUGCUCCGGGUGCGUACGCUUUCUCGGCACCAGCGCUGUCCAUCGCGGCUCGACCCACGACCGCGUUCGGCAUGCCCGCGGGCAAAACCGCAAUGGCCGUCCUUGACCCAGUGACGCAGCAACUGCAACUGGUGGCCGCACCGGCGGGUGCGACAGCGCUAGUUCAGCCUGGACAGCAGCUGCUGUUGCCAGCGCAGCCUGCCUCAAGUCUGCAGCUAGGAAAUGCAUUGCAGAUUGUUUCGUUAUCGCCUGGCAUGAAAGGAGCCCUCCAACAGCCACCAAAUAAUUUGGUAGCGCAGCAGCCGGGUGGAGCUGCGUCAGCACCGGCGCAAAACACGACACACCUCCUGAAUCCAGGAGGCGCGCCUGCAAAUCACGUGGUGUUGGCGGCGGGCGGGACACAGGUACUGCAAGCGCACCACAGUGGCCUGCAGCUGCAGCAGACACCCAGCCUUCAACCGACGCCGGUGUAUACGAGUUCGCCGAUAGGAUCCCCACUCGGCUCACCAGCUGGGUCUCCUUUAAAUUCUCCGCCGCUGACGUCGCAGCAAGCAUUAGAGCAGGCUCUGCAGAAUGCAACGAUCCCAGGCGGCUCUUGCUCAUCAAAUGUAUCACCAGUGUUGUCAUCUAGUAGUGGAAUUCCACCCGUCGUCUCGCCCUUAGGGGGCGCAAGCGCCUCUGAUCAUAUUGUUGUGCCACCUUUUCCGGCAUCAACUUCGCUGAGCAGCCCCAGCGUAGUAACACCAACUUGCGUGUCAUCAUCCUCGUCAUCGGCCAGUUGCGGAGUAAACGCCGCCGCCAUGGUUCGUGGCGUACCGGGUGCGCCACAUGGAAGCAGGAGAACAGAACAGCAUCAGCAUCCUUCAGCGCCAAUAGUGGACACAUCUAUGGGCGUCGCUCCUCUUCCGCACGCAGCCUCGUCGCCUGCAGCGAUGCCUUCGCCAAUUAUGGGCCAAGCAGGAGGGGGAGCAGAUCAGCAAUCGAGCCAUAGUGCAACUACGGCUUCGGCUUUUCCGCUCGCUUCGACCGUCGCCGCUGGACCACCACACACUCUGAUCAAGUCUCCGUCAACAUGUUCGGCCGGGCACCUCUCACCAUCCGAUUCAGAGGCGGAAGAAAGUUCAUGCGACUAUGCAAAUCGCGAUGAGCAUCCUCAGAUUCCCCCGAGUUCGGGCUGUCACGUUGACCGUAAUAUUCAAACGAACGUGGGAGGACAUCAAAGUGCGUCCUCGUCUUCUUCUACAACGAAAUGCAACAACAGCAUGAUAGCACAAGCAGGUCGCGCGCAAAAUCAGCUACUCGCGAAAUCCGCGCCCUCGUCAGGAGCUUUCGCGGGGAGCACUGCAGCUUUAGCUGCACCUGGAGCGAAAAACGCACCAGAAGUUGGUAGAGAAAUAGUGGGGCCCUUUGAAGAUAACUCAUUGAUGGCUGUAGGCGUCGCAUCCGCAAGUUCUUGUAGUACCAGUUCUAGUGGGCCUGGGCCCUCAACAGGAGUAGGACGAGGACCCUUCCAUACCGCAGCGCCACAUCAGACGCAAUAUUAAGGGUAGUUUAUUGGUGUUUCUGUUACCGUUUGUUUUGACUCUCCUGAGGGAUGAGAGCACAACAAACGGGGAACGGAGACACCAAAACGAACCCUACCUCUAACAAUAUGGCGGGGUACCUGCGUCUCAGCAUAUCCCAUGCCAGAGCAAUCCUCAGGUCUUAGGUAGUCAGCAUCAGCAACAGCAGAGUGGACGAUCACCACCUUUGGUCUAUCAGCGCCAGGCUCAGCACCACCACCAACAUCCGACGACCAUGACGCCGCAGCAUUUAGGACCGGCGCCAGCUGCGAGAACAAAUGGAGCUGUUAAUAUGAGGGUGCAGCAACAGCAUCAAGGCAAUGCGGGGUCUGCAGGAUGGAACAGCGGUGGCCAACAAAUUGCAGCUCGACCGCGUAAUCAUAAUCAGCAGCAGCAUAUCGCCGCCGGUAGCCCCAUCAUCACAUCUGCAGCACGUCCAGCUUUGAGUUUGGCACCGCCGCUGGGCCAGUACCAGCCGCAGGGAACCCCUGCGGUACCUCUAGGUGGCCACUACACAUUUGGAUGAUCAUAAUCCUAUGGACUUCUCAAGACGCGAAGUAAAGUGACAGAAACAAAACAAACGAUGGAUAAGAGAGAAAGAUAAAUAGUAACUAGUCUUUCUUUUGCAGAAGAAUUUCAUCCGUGACUUGAAGUCUUCAUGAAAAAUACAAACCGUUUGAUCAUCCGUUCCUGCAAGCUCCACCUAGUAGUUCCCCAUCCCAAAUCCGUGACCGUGAAAUCGGUUUGAUAUUUAGGAUAUUGAUACGACGCGAUAGACUGCUGACUUAUUUUUUCCAUGACUUUUUCAGAAGUGAUCUUGUGAAAAUAAAAAUAGAUUUAGAUUACACCCGUAUCCCGACGAUUUUGGAUGUCGUGAUCUAUUCCUAAUGUUGGAAUGAUUUCUUUGUUGUCAAAAUUACAUCAAUGCUAGCUUGGAUGUCAUUCUUCUUUACGUAGUAUGGCAUUGUGUUCAAACAAGAGGAGCGAAACCAACGUCGCACUGGAACGUGCGAUUGACGAUGGAGGCUCUUUACUGGUUUCAUGGUGAUUUCUUUUGUAUCUUCAAUUUUUGUCGGUAAGCAUCGAGUUAUGAAUCCAUUGCAUCUUUCUUUGUUGUACUUAUCUUGCUGCAAUACCCUUGCCAUCAUGAUGGUCAUAUAAAUAUUGGUCCUGUGAUGUGUUGUUUGAAGUUACUGCAUGAAUCCUUGUAGUUCCAAUCGAAUCGUCUUUGAUGUAAAUAAAAUACUGAUUUUUCAUUUUCUCAAUCAUUGAUUUAGACUUGUGUUGCUCAUACAUCUAGGUACAUUCCUUGGUCUCUCUUUUUCUCCUGAUAGUAGAAGAGCUACAGUACCCAUAAUCUUUCGAGAUCAUUCGUGUGUCCGCCACUGUUGGUGGGACUACCCCUGCAUAACAAGUUGGCGGAUUGGAGACUUAUCCAACGUCGACGAGACAGAUUUCAACUUACACGCGCACCACCGCAAGGCACGGCCAUUUGAGUGUUUUGUUUGGAUGGACGCUGCUUUACGGCUUCUACGGUAGUCAUGAAACGACUACAACAGGAGCACGCACAUGAUAUGGCGCCUGAUGAUAUAGGUGUAGAGAGAGGACCAUCUUCUAAGAACUACCCGAUUGACUUUAGACAGGCUUGCGUGAGACGAACAACUGCAGUAGAAAUUUUCUGAAUAUAUUUAGCGAAUUAUAAUUUUUUUUCCCAAAUCAAUGUCAAAGGAAGAUCUUCGACAAGGUCCGAGGAGAUAUGACGGAGCUCGUCUGAGCUUCUCGUUCCGAUAGAGACAAG